AUGGCUCAAAUUUCAGAUACCAACUGGACUCUGCAGGCAUUCCUGCUUCAGGUGCAGAACACGUCGCAGCUGCAUGCUGAGGCAGAUGCAACGCAGGCUCGUCUGGAGCAGCGCAUGAUCGAGCUGCAGACAAAGAUGCUACAGCUGGAACAGGCUGCUCAGAGGCUUAACACACCAAUGAACUUUGAUGGCAACACGACUGCCAUAUUGGAACCACCUGCAAGACAUAAACCUGUGUUCUCUUCCAUUGAAAUGGAUGCAAGGGUGGGACAGCUGGAUGGCUCAGCUGUUUUAGUAUAUGGAGGAAACCAUCAAACAGGGGAAUUUCUGCUGGUUGCUGUGGAGGAUGAGCAUGUGAGCUUCACCUUCCAAAUGUCAGGAGAACAGCAAGAACCAAUCAAAGUUGACUCCAACUUGAGAUUGUGCAGUAACUGCUGGUACCAUGUUCAAGCUACCAGGUUCAGGAAUGAGGGGAUGUUGACAGUGACUGACCUGAACACACUGGCUGCGACCUCUGUACAGGCAUCUGACCCUCAGGUCACAGGUACUGACCUGGCCUUGACCUCUGACCUUUAUGUUGGAGGACCACCAGUUGGUUUUCAGGUUGCCUAUUCUGGCAUUUAUGGUAGGCUUGUUGGCUGUGUGGCCAACCUGGAGGUGAACCAGGAGAAAAAGAACCUGUGGACUACUGGUACCCCCUUCCCGAUCAAUGGCACCCCGUCCUGCUGCCAGCAACCCUCCACAACCACCAAAGUGCAGCCUGGAGUCAGCUUUGACGGCUUUGGUUAUCUGAUGUUUUCCAACCAGAACUUCUCCAUUAACGGCCAAUUGCAAGUCUCCCUCCAAUUCAGAACCUUCAACAGACAUGCAGUGAUCCUAUUGGUUGAGGGAGAGAUAGAGUAUUAUGGGUUGUUCCUGGACGAAGGCCACCUGGUCUUCCAGCUGGAGAAUUUGGGGCUUAAUCCAGGAAGGGAAAAUGUGACAUCUGACCUGACCUACAAUCAUGGAACCUGGUAUGAGGUGACUGUGUCCACUCUCCCUGGUGUUUCUGUCUCCAUGGUAAUAAGGAACGUUAACAGUGGCAGUGUUGUUGAGAACAAAACUGCAGAAUCCCAUGUGGUCCUGGCUGGAGGAGAAGUACAGAUUGUUUUGGGAUCUCAACAUCCAAACCAAACAAACAGUGUUGGUCCCACAUUGCUGAAGUUUGCUGGCUGUCUGCAUGAUGUACGCCUGAACAACAGAAGGGUACAGCUCAACACAUCCUCAUCCUCUGCUGCUGUCAGCUUCCAGGGAUGUCUGCCUCAGGUUGUGCCUGGAGUUGGUUUCCAUGGUGACAGCUCCUUUUCCCAGCUGGCUGUUCCCUUAGACUUCAAUGGAGCUGCAGAGUUUGGAUUUCAGCUGAAGCCGAGGGAGUUAAAUGGGGUGCUACUGUAUGCUGAAGACAACACAGACACAGAGAGCUUUUUUUAUCUGGCCCUGUACAAUGGGCACCUAUUUGGUGUGUAUCAGCCAGCUCAGGGCCAGGCCCAGGUGCUGAGGCCCAGCAGCAGCCUGCUGGUGGAUCAACAGUGGCACCUAGUGGAACUCAAUAUAACUGCAGGGAGUGUAUCAGUACAGGUGGAUGGGAAUGAUGGGGCAUUAAGUGUACUGUCAGUGACACUGUCCUCAGCACACCUGUAUCUGGCAGGUGUAGACCACACCCUGCAGGAGAAGGUGGACAGGUGUGAGGUGUGCCCUGUGGUUGCUUCCUACACAGGUGGCAUGCAGGAUGUCAGGGUUAAUGGCAGUGAGCUGGACUUUUGGGACCCUGCCACUGUUCUGUCUCAGAGAGGGAUGUAUCUUAGUGGGCUGGACCCAGCACAAAAUGCCACUGCUCCCACGCUGCCCCCACCCAGCCUGACAGUGGCACCUCCCCAUUGUGCAGACCCAUUCCAACCUACAUACAGCAGGGAGGGCGUUAACUUUGGUCGCCAUGGAAACAGUUUUAUCUCCUAUAAUUUGUCAUCUGAAACAAUGACAAAGUACUUCAGGACAAGCUUUGUCCUGACCUGCCAGUUCCGAGCAGAGGCCACAGAGGGGAUCCUGUACUACAGCGCCAACAACAAGAGAAACCCAGACAACUACCUGGCCCUCUACAUGCACAGAGGAUACCUGAUUGCAGAAAUGAAGACUCAGCAGCCCGGCAAUGGUGACUACCACAACCUGAGAGUCCAGACAAAGUUCAGGGACUAUGCUGAUGGGAACUGGUGGGAGGUGGUUAUUUUGCGAAUCCAUAACUUCCUUGCCAUCAUCGUGCCUGAGCGAAGAGACUAUGUCAACAACAACCAGCAGUCAAACACAGAGACGUUCAUCGACCUGACCUUGCCAUUGUAUGUAGGAGGAACAGACAUUCAGGCUGGACAUCCGGUCUUCCCCCUUCCAAUAAAAACAGGUUUUGGUGGGUGCAUCAGACUACUGGAGAUCAGCACUGCACGGCCAGCGGACACUGUCACCUUUGACCUUGGGAGUCCGGAUAGCCAGCAUGGCAUCAGCCAGUGUUAUGAGGCUGUCCGCCCUGGAACUGCCUUUAAUGGCACUGGAUUUGCAACCAUGGGCAUCCGCAGCUUGGAGUCAGGGCUGGAUGUGAGUGUGACGUUUAGUACAGUCCAGCGCUCAUUUCUCCUCCUCCUACUGUACCAGGAUCCUGGCAACUACUUCCUGAUUGAUGCAGAGGAUGGCAGGAUCCGUGGCCAUUUGCGUAAGAAUAACGUCACCACCACCAUCCGCACCACUCACGUAGAGACAGGGUAUGAGAUCUGCGAUGGAGAGUCCCACACAGUGGUGUUCUCAGCCAACCUGGUGCCCCGUGUUGAGGUGCUGGUUCUCUCCAUCCAGCUGGACCAGCUGCCGUCCAACCAGGUUACACAGAGGGGCUUUGAUGACAUCAGCAUCAGCGGGGAGCUGCACCUGGGAGGGGUGCCAGUUGCAGCCUCCAUGGCUUCGCCAGGUUUAACACAGACUCCCUUCCUGGGCUGUUUGGAGUCUCUGGUGUUUGCAGGAGAAACGCUGGACUUCCGCCAGGCAGAACCAACACAAUACGUCACCUUAGGCUGUCCGGCACGACCUUAAUACUCAACUAAUGACUGUCCAUUCUCAUAGUUGUUCACUUUAAAUUUGGUUAUUUACACAUGCCGGUGUCACAGCGAUAUAAUUACCUUAAUACUCAACUAAUGACGGUCCAUUCUCAUAGUUGUUCACUUUAAAUUUGGUUAUUUACACAUGCCGGUGUCACAGCGAUUUCGCCUCUUACCCCCCCCCCCCACGGAGAGUCCAAAUAGAUGGAAAUUUCGCCCUAAGGGGCGGGGGGAGGUGAAACCAAUAGAGCGGGGGGGCCA